CGCACGUCCCCACCCCCCAUCAGAUAACCUAGCGUCCCCAUUACCCCACUCCCACAUCCCCCGGCAGCCAAAACUCUCAAAGAAACCCCAUUACCCUAACCUCCCAGCCUCGCCGAAUAGCUCCUCCCAGCCUCGCCGAAUAGAGCCUCCCAGCCCCGCCAAAUAGCGCCUCCCAUCCCCUCUCAUCCCCGCCGAACAGCGCCUCCCAGCAGCCCUUCCCAGCCACACCGAACAGCGCCUCCCAGCCCCUCCCAGCAGCCCCUCUCAGCCCCGUCGAACCAGCGUCUCCCAACCCCUACCAUCCCCGCCGAACUAGCGCCUCCCAGUCAGUUUGUUCACAGCUUCGCCACCGUCUCUGUCUCUGGCCUGCCUCUGUUUCGGCUUUGGUUAGAGGUUAUCUAUAUACUCGCCAUCUAGUAGGGUGUUGAGAAUAUGGCCAAGCAUCAUCCUGAUUUGAUUAUGUGCCGAAAGCAGCCAGGAAUUGCCAUUGGACGACUUUGUGAGAAAUGCGAUGGCAAGUGUGUGAUUUGCGACUCUUACGUGCGUCCUUGUACACUUGUCCGGGUUUGUGACGAAUGCAACUAUGGCUCAUUUCAGGGCCGCUGCGUCAUAUGUGGAGGGGUGGGAAUAUCUGAUGCUUACUACUGCAAGGAAUGCACACAGCAGGAGAAAGAUAGGGAUGGCUGCCCCAAAAUUGUUAAUUUAGGGAGUGCCAAAACCGAUUUAUUCUAUGAACGCAAGAAGUAUGGUUUUAAGAAACGAUGAUGGUGUAAGAGUGAGAUAUUUUAAUCUGUCUAAAACUGUUUUGUAUGUACUUCCUGAGAUAUCAUAUUAGAACCGUUGGAGUUGAGACUUUGAGCAAAGAACCAUAUUUUCUUAUGCAAUUGUUGGUGAUGUAAGUGCAUAACUUGUUUACUUGGAUCAUGCAAUUAAUGGAAUGAUUUGAACAACUUCAGGUA